AUUGGUUGUAAGAAAAAAGAAAGGAAGUAUUUAGUUCACUCCGGAGUUUAACUGGAAGAGACACGAAAAUAAAAGGCUUUGCACAAAGAAACUGAUACAAAGUAUCAAUACGAAAAACAAAAUAACUCGUUUAUAGUCAUGUCUGGCUCAUCAUUUAACAGAGGUCCUGCUUAUGGGUUUUCUGCAGAAGUCAAAAGCAAGAUUGCAGGAAAGUACGACCCUCAGAGAGAGGAAGAGCUAAAGGUCUGGAUCGAGGAUACGACAGGAUGUGUCAUCGGGGAAGACUUCCAGAAAGGCCUGAAAAAUGGCGUCAUCUUAUGCAAACUGAUCAACAAACUUCAACCUGGCUCUGUGAAAAAGAUCAACUCGUCCACCAUGAAUUGGCAUCAGCUGGAGAACAUCACCAACUUCAUCAAAUCCAUCCAAACGUACGGCCUGAAGCCCCAUGAUAUCUUUGAGGCCAACGACCUGUUUGAGAGUGGGAACAUGACCCAGGUCCAGAGCACACUGCUGUCUCUCGCUGGCACGGCCAAGACCAAAGGCUGCCAGUCCCGAGUGGACAUUGGGGUGAAGUACGCAGACAAACAGGAGAGGCUAUUCGACGAGGAGAAGAUGAAGGCCGGACAGUGUGUCAUCGGACUGCAGAUGGGGACGAAUAAGUGUGCCAGCCAGGCGGGCAUGAACGCAUACGGCACCAGGAGGCACCUCUACGACCCCAAGGCUCACAUCCUGCCCCCCAUGGACAACUCCACCAUCAGUCUGCAAAUGGGCACCAACAAGGGGGCCAGCCAGGCUGGUAUGACAGCUCCAGGAACCCGCCGUGCCAUCUACGACCAGAAGCUGGGCACAGACAAAUGUGACAACAGCACCAUGUCGCUGCAGAUGGGCUCCAACGCAGGCGCCAACCAGAGCGGGCAGAACUUUGGCCUGGGUCGUCAGAUCUAUGACGCCAAGUACUGCCCCAAGAACGAGGAGGGUGAGGAGGAGCAGAACGGGGCCGGGGCCGAAUAUGUCCCUGACUACCAAGACGAGGGUUACCAAGAAUACAAAGAUGAAGCAGUGCCGGUGUACCAACAAGAGGGGACAGAUUAUUAAAAGGGGGGUUGUGCUGGUUGAAAACAGAGGAAACCUCAAGGAAGGCUUUUUCAAAGUUAUUUGUUACAUAGGAUUUUCCACCUUUUGGGUGAUAUCCUUUUGGGAUUGGACAAUAGUGCCCUCUUGCCCUCAUUUAAGUGCUGGUUAGGACCAAUGUUACACAUAUCUCACAUGUACUAUGCAUUAGUAGGUUUUUAUAUUCCUGUUGAAAUGGCUAUGCUUAUGUAUUUUUAAAGUGUAACCACUAAAGCUAGUACUGGUGUCUGAGCUGAGAUUAGCUUUUAUAUCCCAGUGAUUAGCUUUUAGUAAAGUGCCAAAGCCCUCUUGCCAGUUUCCCCCUCGACAAAUGUUUGCCAACUAAUGUAAAUUGGUACAUUUAAAGGGAUAACAUUUAUACCAAUUAUUUUUUAUCUUCAGGCAAAUAUUGGAUCCAAUAGGAUUCAAUUAUAAAAAAUCCUCAGUUAAAAAAUGGAUUGUUCCAUAGUUGGAAUUUACCCAUCAUUGUACUAAAGGUCAUAUUGUGAAUGUAACCUAUAUACAUUUAUAUGAUCUUAAUUGAUGUGAAUAAGAAUGUGAAUUUGUAGUAAUUGUUAGUAUCCAUUCAGUAUUUUUACUUGGUAAUAUAAAAGACAACAAUAUAUUGUGUAGUAUCUGUUUGGACCGAGGGAAAAAAAUUGUGCACUUUUUUAUGUAUGCCGACCAUAUAAUUUCUUUGGAGGAAAUAUUUCCUUUGUUUGCAUAACCAGAACAACUGGAGCCAAGAUUAUUUUCUUUGGAUUAGAGUAU